AGUCCCAUGGUGCCUCGCGGGCGCUGGCUGUCCUGCGCAGGCGCGGCCGCUCUCCGGUGUCCUCUCUGCGGGCGAACUAGGCCGCGGUACCGAGGCGGAGACCGCGGGAGCUCGUGUGAGAGUGGAGCCCGCCGCGCGCCGCCGCUAUGCCAGACAGCUGGGACAACAACGUGUACCCCGAGCCCCCGCGCCGCACGCCGGCGCACUCCCCGCAGACCUCUCUGACCAACCCUAUCACCUAUUUUACGAAGGCUUUCGACCUCCUCGUGGACCGGCCAGUGACCCUCGCGAGAGAGUUUAUAGAGCGGCAGCAUGCCAAGAACAGGUAUUUCUACUACCACCGUGAGUUCCGCCGCGUGCCGGACAUCACUGAGUGCAAGGAAAAGGACAUAUUGUGCAUGUUUGAAGCAGAAAUGCAAUGGAGAAGAGACUACAAAGUUGAUCAGGAAAUCGUCAACAUUAUCCAGGAAAGGCUAAAGGCCUGUCAGCAGAGGGAAGGUGAGAGCUACAGGCAGAACUGUGCCAAGGAGGUGGAGCAGUUUACCCAGGUGGCCAAGGCCUACCAGGACCGCUAUCAUGACCUGGGGGCCCAUUAUUCUGCCAGGAAGUGCCUGGCAAAACAGAAGCAGAGAAUGCUGGCAGAGAGAAAAGCCACCAAAGAGGCUGCUGCUGCCUGAAGCAGCUCGAGCCACCUCACGUGUGUCUGUUGCUGUUGCUAAAAUAAAGAGUAAUGGAA